AUGUCUAAGGAACAUGAUCUAAAGCGGGAACUGAACGAGCUCAUAAAGAAACGUGCCGAAAUAGCUGAAACUUUGGAGGCGUUGGAGAAUCAAAUUUACAACUUUGAGGGGUCAUAUCUUGAAGAAACAGCAGAAUAUGGAAAUGUCAUAAAAGGAUGGGAUCGCUACGCUUUAGCAAUGCCUCCAUCAAAAUCAGGUGUAAAACUGGAAAAGAAAACACUGUCGCGAAAAUAUGACAAAGAUGCUGAUCGGCUAUUCUCGUACUCUUCAACAACAUCUCCGGCUCAACCUCCAUCAACAAUAACAUCGUCGGGAGCUCCUUUAACUCCAACACUGACGAGAAACGAUACCGUUGAUGAUGAAGCAGUGAGUAGGAGCAGCCGUAAGGGCAAUGUUCCAUACUUACAAAUUCCAGCUGUAGAACCGAAAAUCCUUGAAUGCAAAGGUUAUUAG